AUGUGGCGGUCUCUGGAGAAAGAGAGCAAUGAGGUGUAUGCAGGAGAGGCCCUUGAGCAUGCAAAGCUGGUCCCUGCUGAUCUGACAGUUCUUCAUCCUGAAUAUGUCCAAGCAAAAAAAUCAAACCUGAACUAUGAGAUGGCCAAGAUACAUUGGUCCUUUGCACUGGAAAUUGGUGUUGAAGGAGAGGGUACACCAUCAAUACACAAUGCUGCAGUAAAAGCAAUGACCAAAGGAGCAAGCAAGGCUGGACAAACCGAACUCGCAAUGGAAACAGUGAAGCUCUUUGAUUGCUCUACUAUCAGUCGAAUGAUCAAAGAAAGAAGUCCUCCUACACCUUCACAUCUGGGGUUACAAUGGAACCCUAUUCUCCACAGCGCCAUCAUGAGUACCAACAAAAGGGAAUGGAGAUAG